AUGUCUGGCCUUUCUCCUGCGCGUCGCCUGGUAAACAAGACCUCCGACAUCACAGACUUCUUCCGCGGCCACUCUUCAAACCAGACCCAGAAUGACGCGAGCACACCCGGUAAUCCUACUCUGGAGGUCCCUCAUAGUGACAGCGAGGCAGUAAUGGGCAAGAAGAAAAUUACGCGUAUCCCACUGUUCGGCCGAUCCAGGAAGAAGUCAAAUCAGUCAGCAGCGUCGAGUCCUUUUACUGCAUCCCUCAGCGAGCGUGAAUCGGCGGAUUUGGGGGGACGGUCGAGUCGAGCGCCGAGUACGUCGACAGACCGACGACCGCCAGAGCCUUCGCCAGUCGUUGAGCCUCCUCCACUUCCAACCUCAAGCAAGGUUCCUUCCUCAUCACUUACUUCCAAGUUCGCCGCCCACUUCUCCCAUUCUCGAUCAUCGAAGGUGCCAGUAACCGCCCAAAUCAUUUCAGCACCCAUCCCGUCAUCUUCUCGUCAGGCCUCGGGGCUCACCCCACACAGUCCUCGGUCAGGCUCGUCCGACUCAGGUUCUUCAGGUGGUAGUAAAGCGCGAUCCACAACGCCGCGUCCCACGCAGCCUACAAUCACCGUCUCACUUUCUCCGGACAAUCCCGACGACUUGUUUACACGAUCGACUAGUACGACGGCAAAACGAGCAUCGGAUGUUGCGAAACCCCGCAUAAGGGACCGCAAUGCAGGCCAGACCUCAAGUACGCCUCCGACCCCUAGUACCUCGACUCCGGAACCAUCGAUAUACAGGCGUGGGCACACUCCUGCAUCCGCGAUAGCCGCUGCUGUACGCCAUCAGCACAAUCCCAGCAAUGGCAGUGACCGACCGCCAAGCACGUCGUCGAAGAACUCAAAUUCGAAUUCGAACUCGAGGAAAAACUCUGAUUCGGAUAAGAGUAAUGACAAGCACGAUGGAUCCUCUACUCCCCGACUAUCUGAACCUCGUGAAUCUCCUCGGCCUGCGGUACCUGAGAAAGAAAGAGGACUCCCUCCAUCUCUUCAGCGACGGGCUUCUGUGGCAACAGGGUCGGUCCAACCUUCGGAGAAUGGCUCAUCCAGUAUUCGCUCACGGAUGAAGCAACCGGCUCCUCCUGCCCGCACCAGACCGCCAUCGAUGCCCCUUCCACUCCCUCCUGCGCCAUCUACUCCCCCGCCAGAAGUUCCCGCUUCUCCUCGCAUUCCAUUUACGACGUCCAUCAGAGCAGAAACUCAAUCAACAUCACAGAAAGGGCACGCUCCACGUCAAAGAGCCCAUACCCUUGCUGGGUCGGUUGCUAACUCGUCUGCAGCUGCUCUCCCACCGUUGUCGCGACCAGGAACGACGGGGCCACUCGAGGUUCCCCCGGUCGUGGAAGGAGAAACUAUGGACGUCGACACAGCUUCAGUGGAGCAACUCCGGCACGCGCUGAAGACGCGCAACCGACAGUACGACGAGCUUGCCACUUACGUCCUCAAAGUGACCGAGGCACACGUUGCGGAAAUACUGGCCCUUGAGAAGAAGAUCCACGCGCUAAGCAAGGACGUCGCACGACGUGACACCGAGAUCAAAGGCUUGAAGUACAUGAUCAACGAUGAGGAGCCACCCAAGCGUACGAAGACUCUGCCUCCUGGACUAAACGUCUCCCCACGCCUUUCUCCCGCGGGUGUCAGGACCGCUGUCGUGGACUCUGAUCAAGAAGUCCACAACAGUCCACCAGCAGGUCCCUCUCGGCGAUUGUACUAUCAAAGUGAUUCGGGGACAGAGUCGCACGCCCACUCUGGUGCAGAGUCUAUCCGUGCUUCAGGUGCGUCAGGGUCGGAGUCAGUGUCAUCCUCUGUCCUGCGUGGCAAGAAGAUACGGCGGCCGUUCCAACUUGCUGAAUUUGGUGCUAACCUCACGCGUGCGGGCUCUGCGCGGCGCUCGUCCAAGCUCGGUCCAAGUAGUGCAGAAGAAGUGCCUUAUUCUAAGCGUACAUCCCUCAGCUCGACUUCGCCGUCGCCUUCAUCGUCAGCUUCUUCUCUUUUACCCCCGAGCCCGAGCAUCACCAUGUCCUCACUCUCUGCGAUACCCGAAGGGCCCCCUUCCUCUUUUUUGCGAUACGAAAGUUCCGACCAGCAAGAAGAACGACGGGCCCUGCGAGCCUCUAACCGCACUUCGAUGUCUUCCAUGACGUCGUCAUCCUCUACUGCUGCCAGCAGCAGUGCCUACUCCAUCAAGCGCAGUCGCCCGACGUCGAUCGCACAGGUGCUUGAGAAGUCUCCCAACAUGGAUGAUGUACUCGAAAAAUUGCGACCGUUCGCAUAA